UUUGAAUUGUUUGUGUGGUUUUGUGUUUUCGUGUCGCCGUUUGAAAGCUGAGAGGAAAACAAGGUUUGAGAGUUUUCAGAGGAAGUUAAGGUCUGAUCCGGAUCAAUCAGUCCCCCACAGAGAAGAACCAACAGCGGGAUGGACUGUCGAGCUAACAGCGAUCUGUUCCUACUGACCGAUGAGAAGUUUGACUUCGAUGUUUCUCUGUCACCUGCCAGCUCCAAAGGUGAUGAAGAUGAAGAUGAGGUGUUUGUGGGUCCGGUCAGCCACAAGGAGAGGUGUAUCUCUGUAAAUGUGGCGUCUCGGCUUGAGGACGGUGGUGGUGAUGUGCGGGUGAGCUGGAGUCCGCUGAGUGGAGAUCAGCUGGAGGCUGUGUGUCAGGAAGCCCACAGACUAGCCAACCAGCUGCAGUGCAGUGAGGUGAGCCAGCCACGCGGCAAGGACGACAAGACCAGCAAUACGACCACAGACACGGCAGCUGACAGGGAUGAGUUCGUCCAGGAUGCCGAGGCCAAGCUGGGUGUGCUCGAUCAGACCGCCAGGGUGCUCAGUCCCAUCAAACGGCAGACCUUCUGUGUGCAGGACAGUCCCAUGAAGCAGCUGCCUCCAGCUGUCCAGCGCCAGCUGCUGAGAGGAAGUAGCGCCAACACAGCUUCAUCCACCCGCCCUGCCAACAUGACUUCAUCCACUCGCCGCGCCAGCACAGCUUCAUCCACCCGCUCCGCCAACUCCGCUUUAUCCACCCGCCCCACUGCCAGUGCCAGACUCAGCACCUCCAGCCCUGUGGUCGGGGUCAAGCCUCAGCCCAGGACUGGGCUGCGAGGAAAAGCCCCGCUGGGCGUUGGCAUUGUGCUCCCGAGCAAACCGGCUGCUCCAACAACUUCCUGUUCAGCCAGCAAGAGCAAAGUGGACAAAACCAGACUACAACCACCGGGCAAAGCCGUGGGAGGUUGGAGGCGGAGCCCGUCCUCUCGCUCCUCCAGCAGGGCGGGGUCAUGUGAGGAUCUGCUCUCCGAUUCAGCGAGCGUGGCAUCUGACAUCAGUGACUCCUCCCUCAACUCCAGCAUGCUGGGAAAACGCACGCUAGCUCCGCCCACCACGAGUGCUGUGAGGAACCUGUCAGGUGUGAAAGCUCCGCCCCUUCAGAGGAGGAGGAUGACAGAGAGCAGGAACACGUCAUCGUCCUCUUCAUCAAUGUCCAGCUUCAACUCCAGCAUCUCUCUGUCCCCCGCUAAAGGUAAACUGAACUCCUCUAUGAACCGGAGUGUGAGCGCCUCCACUGGCCCCGCCCCCAGCAGCAUCAGUAAACCAACAAAUCAAAGCAGGCCGCGCCGCUCCACUGUCUACGCCACCGCAGAGCCAACGUCCUCCACUGCUGGCCGCCGUUCGCUUUCCGCACAGACCAGGAAGCUGUCCGAGGUGGAGCGUGUCAAAGCCACUAAGUCCACACCGCUGAAGAAAACUGAGGCCACGCCCCUCAAGCUGACGCCCAGCAAGAAAGUUUUGGAGAGGUCCGCCUCUAUCCCCACCUCGACCUCAGCCCGGACACAGAGCGGAUUGAAGACCAAAUCCAAACCAGAGGCUCUGGUCCUACCGACACCCAGCGGAGGAGUCAGAGGAGUCCGACCAGGAGACGACGCCUCAAAGAUGUUGAAGCCAAAGAGGCUGAUGUCAGUGAGCAGCAUGGACAGUCUUCCUCGGAAGGCCUCUGCUGGUCCUCUGACGCCCUCUGCUGGCAGCUGCAGGUCACUGCAGGCGAAGGCGCGCCGUCCCUCCGCCCUCCCCACCCCAGUGAAGCGCAGGAUAUCCGCCAUCCCCGUUGCCACGCCCUCCAACCAGACCCGGACCACCAGACCGCCACCCACCUCUGACUCCGCCCCCGCCCCCACCCCAAACCCCGCCUCGGCCAGGAGAGAGAGAAGCUGCAGCCCCGCCCCCUCAGAAACACAGGAGGCGGAGCCUGUUGAUGCCCCUGAAAUCCAGCCCUUCUGUCUGGAGGAGGAGGAAGAGGAGGAGCAGCCCCCUGCUGUCCCACCCAGCCCUCCACAGCCCGACCAAUCAGAGAGCACAGAUACCGAAGCACUGAGUCAGGGUGAAUCAGAGCCCGUCAGGAACCUAAUUGAACUGGAAACUACAGAGGAGAGCAACAGCAAGACACAGGAGGUUCUCCUGUUGGAUCUUCCAGCUCCGACUCUGCAGCCUCAAGAGAAACUGCUCAUCGACUUGACCAACACCCCCGACCUGAUCCGGACCAGCAGCAAGACCUGCACCACAACGCAGCAGCUGAUCGACCUGAGCUCUCCGCUCAUCAAGUGGAGUCCAGAGGACAAGAGAGAGAACAACGCUCCACUCAUCAACCUGUCCUUCUGAUCCAGAUGGAUCUGAGGGUCUCUGCAGUGAACUGGACUCAGCAGGUUUCUGUCCCCAGAGACUGAUAAAUAUAAUCCAGUUAACGACAGAGUUUUAAUCAGAGAACUGAAGCAGAGUGUUGUUUUUAGAUGAUGAAAAUAUUCAAAGGUUUUCUGCACCUGAUUGUACUUUUAUUUGUCUCCGUCUCGCUGCUCUUAUUGAUGUCUGAAUAAAUGUUGUUAAUGUCA